GAAUCUUGUUUCUUAGCGACAACAAUAAUAUAUCUAAAAUAUAUUCUCGACUAGUCCUACAUAACGCUGUAUUCUAGAGUUCUAUGUUUACUGUAUUCAGAUAUUCCUCCUACGUAUAUUUUCUUGCGUUCAUUCUUCUGGGAGAUUUGCGUUCAGAUAGCGCUUUGUAAGCGCGAACUCAGAUGAUCCACAGAUAAACAAAAGGCUGAAAUGCGCAAAAUACAACAUCUAAAAAUAUUGUUCACAUUUUCAUAAAACUCUUUUGUCCGUUUUUGAAAUACAUCUUAUUUUACUCCAAUAUCUGUAAGUUAAAGUAUCUAAAGUAUAUUCCCCCCUGUAUAUAGUUGUGUUGAGUGCAGACAGUACGGUUACUUCAGGUCUAGGGUUUACAGUGUAUACAGGACGGAUACCGUGUUCACAAAGGAGAAUACUAGAUCCAACUUCCUUCUCGCGCUCAGAGUUAAUAUUUCAUAAAUUCAGUCCAACCGUUGCAAGCACAAUGAGCGGAACUCCGAGCUGGUACUGACCGGAAGUAUAUUUGUGAAACAAGGUUAUUAAAUACACUGUGUACUGUGUACUAGUGUUUUAUGUUUGAAAGUACGGAGCGAGGUCGAGUGAGAACCUCCUUUCAUAUAGUUCUCCCCGCCCUCAUUCUAUAGCUCUAGUUCUCUAGUCCCUCCAGAUCUAGUAUAGUAGUGAGACCUGCUCCGGGAUACAGGAACCAUGGAGGAGCAGCUAGAAGCAGCAAUCCUUCAGAACUUCUGGUUAGUUCAAGCAGAUAAACAUGGUCAGCAUCUUCUAGCCUCACUUCCAACCAUAGCUGGAGCUAAUCCUCACUUGAACCAGGUAGUUGAGGAGGAGGAGGAGGGGGAAGAUGUUUCUAAAAUGGAUUCAGACGAUUCCUCGAACAAUUCCCUUGGGGAGAACACAAACACAGUCUUCCUUCAGCUUCAGCAACUGCAGCAGCUUCAACAGUUCCAGCAGCUGCAACAGUUUCAGCAGAAACAGCUGGGACGGGUCACCCUAAGCAGGAUAUCCAACGAAGUUUCCGUGAUUCAGAAGACCGUGAAGAGAGAAGAACCCAAGAAACAGAAUUUUAUUAUUCUCUCCAAGCAAGAGAAACCGAACCUUGUCGUGGUUAAGGAGGAACCUAUAGAGAAGGAUUCCUAUAGUAAUCUUGGAAUUAAGAUUAAGGAAGAAGGAAAAAAGAGUUCUCCGGUUUCCCCUUUCAAGAGGGAAAGAUCCAGCAGAAUAUUGUGUGAGAACCCUGUCUGCCAGGUGUGUGGGGAGAAGGCUGGGAAACAUAGUUAUUACGGUGGUCAGGUCUGCCCUUCAUGCAGAGCAUUCUUUAGGAGAUCCGUGCAGUCAAGAUGCUAUACUGGAUUCCGUUGUAUAAACCGUAGUGAGAGCUGUCCUAUUAAUCUACUCACUAGGAAGAACUGUCAGUAUUGUAGGUAUCACAAGUGCUUAUCCUGUGGAAUGCGUCCUAGCUGGAUCCUAUCCGAGGAAGAGAGAAUCCGUAGGUUCCAUGGUAGAACCAAGGGGAAAGGAAAAGAACAGGGAGAUGGGUCGGAUAAUUCUGGACGUAAUACUCCACAAAGCUCCAGUAGUCCAAAAACCACAUCUCCAACUCCUCCUAGUAAUCUUUACUCUUCACUUACCAUGGUUCCACAGAUCUCCUCAUUCCAACCAACCUUAACCCCGUCCCGAUUCUCCGGAGUAGAUUCGUCCCGUUUCUCCGGGUAUGGAGUAGAGCAGAUGUCCCCUGGAGAUAGGUUCAAAAUACUUCAAUAUGCUGAGAUAAUGAAAAGAUGUUGCACAGGUCGAGAAGAUGACCUUGAGUCGGUUCUGCUGACAGAUGUUCUCCAGACUGCUCUUCAAGGAACCCAGCUCUCCAGGCAUACUGCUGAAAGGCUGAGCACUAUCCUGGACACUAGAACUAGAGUUAGCUUAUCCCUACUCCAGGAAUUCCAGAGUUUGAGUGAAAGUGAUCAGACGAGUAUCUUGAAAUACAAUCUUCCCUUAAUUCAUCGACUCCGGCAAUCCGUCCUCCUCUCAACACCAAACCUUACACUCAGGGAGUUAGUUGGUUUGCUGGUUGGAGAAGAAAAACUGACUGAAGCUGAAAAAUAUUUGCCGUUUGAUCUUUCUAAAAAAACACAGAGUCCAAAUGGCUUGGAUUACCGAGGUGUACACACUACCUGGAUAAAUGAUCAGGAGAAGGAUGAGGAGUCCCACACUAAGCUUAUUUAUAGGAUAUCUCAGAUUGUUGAUUGCACUGACAUGGUUUCAAUGGUUCUUCUCGUCCUGAUUAUUGCAUUUAAUACGGAUUUCAUAGAACUAGAGAACAGAGAACAGGUUGAGAAGAUCCAAUUGAAGUUUGUGAUACUGCUCCAGCAGUACAUAAGCACGACUGGUGCCAGGCCAAGUCAGACUCAGCCCCUCAACCUUGCCAAACCAAAUAAAGAUGUAAUGGCGGGAAAUGAAGAUGUCCAAGAAGAUCGUAUGGAACAAGGAAACUCGCUAUUCGUCAAAUUUCUAAUGAUUCCUUCCCUUCUUAGAGAGAUUCUAGAAAUAACUAAGGAAAGACUUCUGAUUUAAAUCCGUUUUUUCAAUAUUUUAGAAAUUAAAUUUUUAUAUUCUUUUGCUUAAUGUCGUCGGUAUAUGCUUCUAUAUUAAUCCUUUGCAGUUAUUUAAAAUUUAAACUUUCAACCAGUAUUUGAUCAAGUAUUAAGUAUAUCUGGAGAAGAAAAUAUAAGUUUAUUUUUUAUUAAAAAUUACUUCAGCUAAUGAGAUGACAACUUUUGUAAUUCUUAAUGUGAUUCAAUUUAAUUUUUUUUUGUAUUUAUAAUUCUUAAAAUAUUUGUUUCAUCUCCAGGUAUCUCUAGUUUUAGAAAGUUUGCGCAAUCUGGAUAUUGUAUAUUUGUUUAUUACAAUAUUACAAUGAUACAUAUAACUGGAUAUUAGAAUAUUACUAUAAACUUUGUGAUCGAUGUUACAUUCUCUUUAUACAUAAGCUCGGUGUCAACAAUAUUUAGAAAUUAAAUACAGCAUUAUUACUUUUAUUA